UGUUCUUCGUUCUUUUUUCCACGCUCUUUAUGACAAGAAACCAAAUGUUUGCUUGUUUUAUGGGAGCAGCACAUAGCAGUUAAAACUUUAUUGACAGAAUUCGUUCCAACCUUCCUCCUACACAUCAAACAUUAAUUCAGCUUCGUCGGAUAUAGUGGGGCAUUCCCCUCUCUGAAUUUACAUCCCAUAAAACGGGAGACAUUUUGAGUCUAUUAGGCUUUUACUGCUCCGGCAGACGCUACUGAACAUGGUCCUAACUUGAUUUUAUAUUUACUUCAGAUAUGAGAGCGACACAAUGAUUGAAGGUUCUGGGGCAGAAAAUCAUUUUGGGACAUGGAGCAGUGGAAUAUGAGUGAUGCUCCAGUCACGUCAUUCUCACUAUUGUCUAACUGCACCAUGGACACCAGCUACCGCUUCACUUUCUACCAAGUGUCCUACAGUGUCAUCUUCGUGCUGGGGUUGGCCACCAACAGCAUGGCUCUGCGCAGACUGUGUCUAUCACCCUUCACCGUCAACAGCACAGCCAUCUACAUGGUCAGCCUGUCAACUGCCGACUUGUUUUUUGUCUUCUCCCUUCCUCUGAGAAUCUACCACUAUUACCAAAAGUCUCAAGCCUCAUCCUCCAUCACGAGAGAGCUGUCCAGCUGGACUCCCGGGGUAGCAUUCUGCCACCUUACUUUCACCCUCAAAUACAUCAGCCUGUAUGGGGGCAUCUUCUUCCUGGUGUGCAUUGCCGUGGACCGUUACUUUGCUGUGGUGCACCCUCUUGCAUCGACAGCCCGCCGGCUGCGUGUUGCACAGCUGGUGAGUGGGGGGAUCUGGUGCCUGGUGCUGGGGCUGAGUGUGGGUCUGUCUCUGCUGCGAUCAGCAGCUGCUCACCAACACCAGCCCUGUCUGCUGGACCCGACCUCCCAGCGCCACCGCACAAUCAUACUGGUGGUCCUCUGCAUAGUGCUGGGCUUAUUUCUGUUUCCUACUAUGCUGCUUCUCUACAGUUACUGCAAAGUGCUGAGCGUGCUGAGCCAGUCCAGACACCGCUCCCGUAGUCAGCGCUACAGCCGCAAGCACACUCUCACAAUAAUUUACUGGGUGCUGGCCAUCUUUCUGUUGUGCUUCCUCCCCUAUCACAUCAACCUGCUGGGAUACACACUCACUCAUUUGGGGCUGCUGUCCCAUUGUGGCCUGGCGAAGGUGACUAAGGCUGUGCACCCCGUGAUGCUGUCACUAGCCAGCUCCAACUGCUGCCUCAACCCACUCAUCUACUAUUUCUCCAGCAGCCUGGCGCACAGGGAGGCGCAUGGUAGUGGAGGCAGUGGCAGUCGGUGACACCGAUCGUUUCAUAUAAGCACGGAAAAUGACACAAUCGUAAAAAAGCACUAGGGCUGUUUUAUUGAAAUUAUUUAAACAAGUUACCAGGAGUAUUCAGUUCCCCAUACUGUGUGCAAUACUUUGUGGUAGAUCACCACAUAAAAUAGGUAAUCAUCAUUUAGCAUGAAUUGCAAUAUAUUUAACAAGUUUUGUGUGUUUUCAUUUUGGUUCACUGCA